CGUUCCGCCCGCCGCCCCUGUCGCCAGUCCCGCCUCCACCGGGGACGGAGCUUCGAGCUGAAGGCGGCGUGCCGGGCCACGGGGAGAAGGGUUCCCGUUUCUCGGAGGGCCAGGUGACGGUGGCGUUCUCCGUGAGGGAAGGUCGGACUGGGGCUGGGCUCGGUGACCGUGGUUGCCGUCUCGCCGCCGCCGUGAUUCUCCGGGGCGGGGCGGCCCCCAGGGGUAAGCGAGGUUCUGGUGUGCUCGGGCGGCACAGGAGCAGCCGCUUCCCGACCCGGGUAGCUGCCGGCGGAGGGGCCGUGGCUCGGUGCCGUUCCCGGCCUGCCCACCGGGGUACGCGGGACCCACAGCCGCACGAAUGCCCCGCCCGGGGCGGCCCGGCGCUGCUGGCUGGGGCGAUCCUAUGGAGAACAGGUGAGCCCUCUGUGGAGGGGACCAACACUCCUGCCAGGUCAGGGAAACAUGUCCCGUCGGAAACAGACCACUCCUAACAAAGUUCACUAGCAACUAUUCAACAGGAGCCAUCAGGAGCAGCAAGUAGGACCAUAAGAAAACAAAGGGAGUAAAGGAUACAAGAAACAUGUCAAUGGUGAUGUCUCCACCUUGGGAUGGAAAAUCUUGUCUGUCUUAUGAUGAACACCACCAAAUCGUUGGGACUUCUCUGUCUACCUAGCCUGCUGUAUAUCUGGAGGGCCCAGAAAUGCCAUGCAAUGCACUGACGAGGAUAAUCGGAGAGAGCAUCAGCUCCAAGAACUGGGUGAGCCAGCAGAAUGAGGAGUCAGGCUGAGACAUAGCAGACACGUUUCUGAGACUUCUUCACAGGGACUGAAGUGGUUGGGAGGAGAGGAAUAAAAGGGACAGCAGGGGAGCAAGUCUUUGCAGGGCUGGAGGAGCAAGCCCGCCAAGCCAUGAUGAAAAACAACUUCCCUGGAGCUUUUGGGGACCAAAGGCCAGCCAUACAUCCACUGCAAGAUCCCGACUCCAGCAGCAGUGGCAGUGACGAUGAGGAAACCACCCAGGAUGAAGUUUCUUCCCACACAUCUGAGGAGGAUGGCUCAAUGGUGAAAGUGAAGAAGGAACUGGAGAAUGCAGAACAGCCUGGGGCUGGAGCCCCACUGACCAGAGAAAACAAGGUCCCUGAGAGUUUGAAUGCUGAGCCUGUGCUGGGGCUGUCACAGUGCCCCCUCUGCCAGCUGGAGUGUGGAAGCAGAGAGCAGGUCAUUGCUCAUGUGUACCAGCACACUGCAGCUGUAGUGAGCGCCAAGAGCUACAUGUGUCCUGUAUGUGGCAGAGCCCUCAGCUCACCAGGAUCCCUUGGGCGACACCUUCUGAUCCACUCAGAGGACCAGCUGUCAAACUGUGCAGUUUGUGGAGCACGCUUCACCAGCCACGCCACAUUUAGCAGUGAGAAGCUGCCCGAGGUGCUCAGCGCCGAUCGCCUGCCAACACCACCGAGCCAGGGCCCCUCGGGCCUGGUGGAGAAGGACGUUUCCUUUCACAGCCCCGUGUACCCUGCAGGCAUCCUCCUGGUGUGCAACAACUGCGCUGCCUACCGCAAGCUGCUGGAGGCCCAGGCCCCUGGCAUGCGCAAGUGGGCUCUGCGGCGGCAGAACGAACCCCUGGAGGUGCGGCUGCAGCGUCUGGAGCGGGAGCGCACGGCCAAGAAGAGCCGUCGGGACAACGAGACGCCUGAGGAGCGGGAGGUGAGGCGCAUGCGGGACCGAGAAGCCAAGCGCCUGCAGCGCAUGCAGGAGACAGACGAGCAGCGGGCGCGGCGGCUGCAGAGGGACCGGGAGGCCAUGAGGCUGAAGCGUGCCAAUGAGACGCCGGAGAAGCGCCAGGCCCGGCUGAUCCGAGAGCGCGAAGCCAAGCGGCUCAAGCGGCGCCUGGAGAAAAUGGACAUGGUGCUCCGUGCCCAGUUCGGUCAGGACCCCUCUGCCAUGGCCGCUUUGGCAGCUGAAAUGAACUUUUUCCCCCUGCCAGUGAGCAACGUGGAGCUUGAGAGCCAGCUGCUGGGCAAAGUGACCUUUGAGGAGCAGAGCAACAGUGUGCUGCAUUAAGAUACAGCCACAGACUGUGCCACCUCUGCUGUCCCUGCCACAGGUGCACCAUGGGCUUCCACAUUCACGAGGCUGCUGUGGGUCCCUGUCUGACUCCCCCUGAAAGAUGGUUCUGGUUUGCUCCUGAACACAGGAGGGGAACAGAGCUGAGAGGUGGCUGUAAAAUGUAGCCAUAGUGGGAGCAGAUUCUGAGGGUACAGUCUGCUCUGGGGGCCAAGGCAUGGCCUGUUAACAGAGGGAAAAUAAAUGAAUGCUCACAUUUA